GUUUUUUUUUCGUUUUCAUUUUUCUCGCAGUUCGGACGUGUUUUCGCUGCGCCGCGCUAAAACUACAAAAGUCUGAAUUCGAACUUAAGCUAAAGUUGAUAUAUUAAAGUGAUUGAUUUUAGAGGUUUUGCAAUUUCACGUGGACUCGGCGGCAAUAAAUUAAUUAAGAUUGCUGCCAAAUUGUCGCUCCUGUAUGUGUGCACGUGUGUGUGCGUGUGUAUGUUUAGUGUUUGCGGCGUUUGUCGAGAAGAGGAAGAGAAAUAGCAGAGAAAUACAAAGAGUAUUCAAUUAAAUUCAAGUGUCGCGGCUAUUUAGGCAUUAUCUAAAAGCAAAAACCGAGAUUAGAUAAAAUACACGGCGAAUAUAUAAAGUGGAAAAGGCAGAAAGAGCUGAAAAAGCAGAAAAAGGCACAAAAGCAAAAGGGAAAGAAAGAGGAAAAGAAGAAGUUCAAAGCCAAAGUCUAUGUGUGUGUGCGUUUGUGUGCGACGCUUGCAAAAAUUGUCUGUGUGUGCGUGUGUGUUGUUUUUGUUAGUGGCACCUGUCUGCAAAAUAAGAAGGAGACGGCAACAAAAACCAUAACAACAAAUAAAGUAAAGCCAAACAGUAAAAAAAUAAUAUAAAAAAAUACAACAAAUUAAGAAACUAAGCAAAGUAAAAUAAAGAAAACCAAAUAAUAGAAGGUGAAAGAAGAUUUAAUUGCUCCCCAAAAAACAGGUGAAAGGAAGAAUAUUUUCCUGUUUUUUAAGGAAUUUCUCUAUAAAAGCUUGCUGUUUGCUGAAACAAAAGCCAAUUGCGACCAAUGCUUCCAACAAAAUAAUAACUAAAGUUCUAACCUUGCCAUAUAAAAACAUAAAAAACAAGAUUAGAUUUAACAAUUCAACUGCCAAAUUUUAAAACCAAAUGCAGCCAGCCCCAAAGUAUGCAGUGGAUCUUGUGAGCUUCCCGGAAAGGAAAGCUUUGAGUUGCGCUCAAAGCAAUUUCUGAGCAUAACUAAAUGCUCAAAGCUGCAUUCAACGGAUUCACCAACUGUCCAGCGCUCGCGUAUAAGUGAUUUGCGCUGGUUCGAAACCCGACUGGAAAGAUAAUCAUGGACGCUCCAGAUGUGGGACGCAUUAUAAGAGCGCCGGCGAGGCGUAAACGCAACGAUGAACAAUUAAUGGAUAGGAUAAAACUCAAAAAGGUUUUGGGCCUGACUGUGUGCAGCAAUGCGGCUUUGGAUGUGUCCCCAGUCAGCGGCCUGCUGGCUUAUCCAGCUGGCUGCACCGUGGUGCUGUUCAAUGCAAAACGCCAGACACAGGCCUAUUUGGUCAACACCUCCCGCAAAGCAUUCACCUCCGUGGCAUUUUCGAGAUGUGGUCGCUAUGUGGCCACCGGCGAAUGUGGCAUCAAUCCGGCGAUCAAAGUCUGGGAGCUGGAAACGCCCAACGGAAGUCUAGAGCACUGCAGCGGCGGCAGUGUUGUGGCAGAGUUUGUGGACCACAAAUAUGCCGUCACCUGUGUGGCCUUUUCGCCCACUGGAAAGUACCUGGUUUCGGUGGGCUCCCAGCACGAUAUGAUUGUCAAUGUGUUCGACUGGCGGGCCAACCUCAAGAUGGCCUCGAAUAAAAUCAGCUCCAAGGUGGCUGCCGUGUGUUUUGCCGAGGAUGGCAGCUAUUUCGUCACCGUGGGCAAUCGCCAUGUCAAAUACUGGUAUCUGGAGGGGGCAAGGAAGUACAAGGACCCGAUUCCCCUGAUGGGCCGCAGUGCCAUUUUGGGCGAUUUGCGGGACAACGACUUCUGUGCGGUGGCAUGCGGCAAGGGCAUCUCUUCGGAGAGCACGUACGCCAUCACGCGGCAGGGGCAUUUGGUGGAGUUCAGCUCCCGCCGACUGCUGGACAAGUGGGUGCAGUGCCGCACCACCAACGCCAACUGUAUCUGCGUCAAUGAGAGAUUCAUUCUUGUGGGCUGCGCCGAGUCCAUCAUCCGCAUCUUUAACGCAGCCACGCUGGAGUAUGUGACCACGCUGCCCAGGACUCACUACUUGGGCGUGGAUGUAGCCCAGGGCAUCCAGAUCAACCACAUCAUGUCGGUGCCGCAGCAGGCCAAGUUUCCCGACUGCAUUGCCAUGGUUUUCGAUGAGCAGCGAAGCAAGGUGAGCUGCGUUUACAACGAUCACUCCUUGUACAUCUGGGAUCUGCGCGACAUCUCACGCGUGGGCAAGUCGCACUCGUUCCUGUACCAUUCCACGUGCAUCUGGGGCGUGGAAACAGUGCCAUAUAAUGUGGAGCGGGAGCCAUCGCAAACGUUGCCGGAGGAAUGUUUCGUCACCUGCUCCUCGGACGACACGAUUCGCGUUUGGGGACUGGAUGGCUGCACCAACAACGAUAUCUAUCGAAGGAACAUUUACUCCAAGGAGCUGCUGAAAAUAGUCUACAGCGAUGAGGAGCUGCAGUUCAUCAAAGAUCAGGGUUCAUCGCUGUUCGAUAAAGCCGGAAAUUCCUCUUAUGAUGGUAGGAAUGGUGUGCGUUGCAUCAAAAUCAGUCCGGAACUGCAGCACUUGGCCAGUGGAGAUCGGUGCGGCAAUAUACGUGUCUAUAGCCUUGUCAAUCUGCGCCUGCUCACCACCAUCGAAGCCCAUGAGUCGGAGGUGCUGUGUCUGGAGUAUUCGAAUGAGAAAAUUGAGCGAAAGUUGCUGGCCAGUGCCAGUAGGGAUCGUCUGAUCCAUGUCUUUGAUGUGGCCCAGAAUUACUUGUUGCUGCAAACCCUAGACGAUCACAGCUCUUCGAUUACCUCGAUUAAGUUUGUGGGUGCCGGACUCAAUUUCCAGAUGAUCAGCUGUGGUGCCGACAAGUCCAUAAUGUUUAGGAGUUUUCAGGGCAACAUCUUUAUGAGGGGUACCAAUACCUCUGGUAAGACAACUCUUUACGACAUGGAGGUGGACUCGAAUUCCAAGCAUAUCCUAACUGCCUGCCAAGAUCGCAAUGUGCGUGUUUAUGGUACGCAGAAUGCCAAGCAAACAAAAACCUUCAAGGGUUCGCAUUCAGACGAGGGAAGUCUUAUCAAACUGAGCCUUGAUCCCAGUGGCAUCUAUGUGGCCACUUCGUGCACGGACAAGACCUUGGCUGUGUAUGAUUACUAUUCCAGUGAGUGCAUGGCCAGGAUGUAUGGACACAGUGAAUUGGUCACCGGCUUAAAAUUCACCAACGAUUGUAGACAUUUGAUCUCGGCCAGUGGUGAUGGUUGCAUUUUCAUAUGGCAAGUGCCGCACGAUAUGAUUGUUACGAUGCAGGCCAGGAUGUCACAACAGCGUUUGAGAUCGGGACAUGCUCCGUUGCCACGCCCCCUGGCGCCCAUUUCACCACCGGAUGGCAUAGUAUUGGAAUCGCCGACCAGUGAAAUAGAGCAGCCGCAAAUGCAGCCCAAAUUUGGAGUGGCCGAGAGGUUCUCCGAUGUGGGACAACUGCCGCAGUGGGCGAUGCGUAAAGCAGCCGGGGAUUCGGAUAGUGGAGCCUUGUCCAUACCCACGCCCAGUGGUGGUGGAUCCACACAAGUACCUGCCAUGCAUGCCGCUUCAUCGAUGGGCAAUCUAAGCUCAUCGCCGAGUCAACAAAUGUCUGGAUUGGCACCCCGACCCAGGGGAAGAUGGGCCCAGCGAAGCACUCAAUUGGAGACGGCCGACGAUCUGCGCUCCAACUCGGAAAGUCCACUGGGCACAGUGUCUUCUGUGGGUGGUCACAGCGGUGUAAAUGUCCAGACCUCUGAUUACAACAGUGCCUCUUCCAAGGACAUUACCUACAAUCAAACCUAUUUGAGCGAGGACUCCUCAAUUGACUCGGGAAUGGAGACGCGAAGGGGCGAACUCAAGUUUAUCGGCAGCAGCAACAAUGGAACGGUGGUCACUGUCUCAUCCGUUUCAUCGAUGGCUGUCUCUGCCUCCAAUGGUGCCAUGUCAACGGGUUCUGCGGCUGCUCAGCAGCAGCGUCUCCAGCUGCCGGAUAAGCGUCUCAAGCCGGGUCUGCGAUUCGAUACCCACACCCAUGAUCAUGAUGGCGAUGUGGAGGAUAUCUCCGAUGGGGAAAGAACUAGCUCCGAUCAUGGCAUGUUCUACAACAAUUUGGCGCCCAGCACACCAACAGAUUUCAAGGUAACGGCCAUGAACGAGGAUGAGCUGCGCAAGUCGGUGCGACGUCAGAAGUUCGAGAAAUCCGGCCUUCAACUCACACCUUCGGCGCUCAGCGGAAAUGGAAGUUCGCAUACGGCGAGCACCGGGACCGGAACUGGGACCUCUGACACCGAGGAUGAGGGCUCCACGCCCAGUGCCGAAAAUGCGGAGCGUUCACUGGCCUCCACGCUGGGCGGUAGCUCGGAAAAUCUUCCCCAGAGCAGCAGCAACAGCUUUUUGCAUGCCGCUUUGCCCGAGGGACCGGGAUUAACAACGCCCAUGGAAAGGGGUGGCAGCAGUCGCCGCAGCAUCAGCGCCAAGCACAAUACGGAAAAUGGGAAAAGCGUGGCUGCCCCGCCCACCAUCACCAAGUCGUAUACGAGCACCAAAAAGGAGGAGCUGCUGCAGGUCAUCAACAAGGUCAAGCAGCAACUGGAGAAUGGUACGCGCAAAAAUGGCAACACAAGGUUGAAUGCUAUAGCCGAGGUAGGCCAUAGACCCCUUCGGGGAAGCCAUAGCAUAUCGGACCUGAGUCUGGCUGCCAAUUUGGAUGGCUCGAGAAACGCGGGCGGUGGACCAGGACGUUACACAAAGCCAGUUGCUUCCCAUGACACUUCGCAGUGUAUUAGCUCCCAAAUUACAACAUCAACAGCUGCAACUUCGAAUAUUCCGCAGCAGCAGCAACAUCAAAUAGUUAAGGAGCAACAUCAACAAACCCAGCAUUAUGCUCCACCUGCUUCUCAGCAAUUUUUCAAUUGUGCUGCUCCAAAAUCCAAGUUACAACAGAAUUUCCAAACUAUGCGACAGGUUCAACAGCAUUAUCCUCCCUAUCCGCAUCAUGUGGGUGUGCAUCAGAUCCAUCCGCCACCUGGAGUUCCAUUUAGUGGAUCCUCAUCAGCAAUGCGUUCGCAAUCCCAGCAGCAACAUCAUCAACAGCAGCAGCAACAUCAGCAGCAGCAGCAGCAACAACAGAGGGUCAAAAGAAAUCCAGCUGGGAAUAAUAGGCGUACGCCUAGUAUUUUAAAACAUUACAAAUCCUGUCCAGUAUCUCCUGUCCAUGAGGAGGUAGAAUGGUCUGCCGAGGGAAACGAAAGAGGAGCUCUCCUAGGCGAACCAAAAAGACACUCGGUUUAUGCCGACGAUGCCAGAACUAUUUUGGAUAUGAUACAUGCAGAUACGGAAAAGAUGAUUGAUGAGAUCACCCGAAAGUAUGGAGAUUUGGAUGAGCCCUGUAUACCAGCUUCAUAUUCCAUGCCAGCGAAUUUGAGAGGACUCGGUUCCACAGGGGAUUCCACGCCCACGGGCAGAACCACACAGUAUUAUGUUUACAGGGAGUUCUAUCAGUGCGAGAGAAAGGUAUCGCUUUCGGAUAUCUUGCAACCUGAGCAAUUUGCCGCCAGUCAGAGAAGAUUGGAUGAGGCCAGGUUUCUGGAGACACAAAGGCAUUCAAGUGCCAGUUUUUUCCUCACCGGACAGCAAAGUCAGGAGUCAUUAUCGCUGCUUUCCGAUGGCGAUGGCGCAUCCUAUUGCAACAGUUUGGAGAGCGUUCUAUCGGACGAAAGUGAUUGCCAGAGUGCGCCGCUGGAGUAUCCACAAACGCAGGUGGCUGUGCUCCAGCAGCGUCAUGCUGGCAUUCGGAACUUUAUCAUCCAUGGACCAGUGUCCAAAUCGUAUGGCAACAGCCCAAAUGCCUAUGGCAGCUUUGAUUACUAUAUGCGACAGCAGCAUUCAACGGCCACGGAUAGUUUCGAUGUCACUGGCUAUAAUCUGGAGCCGUUGAAACCACUGCCCAGUUCGAAAACAUAUCCGAGAAUAGCUCAGGUUCAGGCCACCGAAAAUAUACCCACUUUACGUUCCAAAAACAAGCAAUAUAACUCAGGUGUUAAUAAGUCGCUAAGUACCGAUUUUGCGCAACAGCGUCAGCAAAGAAAUUCCAAUCCCAUGCAAUUGGGUGACAAUCUGUUUGUGCGAAAGCCACUGAAACCCAAGCCACCAGUGCCGGCAAAACCUCAGAAUCUAGUCAGCACUUUGAGCCACAUGGAAAAUAAGCAGCAGCAGCAGCAGCAGCAGAGGCAGCAGAAAUCGCAGUCCCGAACAGCCAGUGUGGUCCAGCAAUUUGAGCAUAAUUUGCAGAAAUUUGAAAAGGAAAAGCAAAGGGAAAGGGAUCAGCAGAGGAGGCCGGCCAUGAGAAGUUCUGUGAGUUCGGGAGCUCUGGCUGGGGGAUCUGCCACGCAGAGUUGCUUAAAGAAAGUUUCCCGUUUCGAUACCAGCGAAAGUAGUCGACGCGCCACUAGUGUGAGGCAGAAAAGUAGGCCAAAGAUAUCUGUGCGUUUCAAUACAGUCUCGCAGAUCAAGUAUACGCCCAGUGCCAAAAGGGAAAGGCAGGCCAGAAAUGAGGAAGAGCCACCGGAAAUGGAAGUGGGCAGCCUGCCCAGCGAUUAUGGCGAACGCAGUUUCGAAAUGUAUUUUGCCGAAAAUGGAAAUGCCCCUGAGAAUUUGGAAAAUAUGCAAUCACUUAAGCUCUAUACCAAACCUCAAUUGCAAGCGGUGGUAGAUGAGAUCCAGCAAGAGCGUGAAAAGUAUAGGAAAAACCUAGAUAAUGCUGGGAAAAUCAAUGGAAAGGGUGUAAAUGGAAAAGGCAGCAGCUCCACCAGCCAUCAAUGCCAGAAUAUAGCCAAAAAGAUUGACAUUAUCGAGAAGUUAAUUGCCAUGGAGGAGAACAAAAUGGAGCAAAUACGUUUGGCCACCGAAUCGCGUUUGCGGCCCUUCAACUGCAAUGCCAAGGAAAAGGGCUAUGUGAAAAGUUUGACCAUGAACUUUGACAUGCUGGCCCGGGGAGAAGAACAUGGAGAAGAUGAGGAGUUGAGCUCCAAAGAUGCCUCCGAUCUGUGUGCCUAUGCCAGGAAUAUUCGCAGAAAUUGCAGUUUACCAGAUGUCCUGGAAAGCACCGAUUUCACGGGCAUCUACAGCAGUCAGGGUGUGGAGUUGGCCAAAGAAGUGAUUGCCGACGAUGAGGGGGGACAGGAUAUAGCAAAUCCAGAGAUCUCACCCGAUAAUCCCAACCACGAUGAGGAUGUUGUUUUGAGGAUGGAGUCAGGCAAUCCCAAAACUCUGAAUCCCAUGCCCAUCGAGGAGUCCUCCAUACGCCGCGCCUGUUCGCUGAGCGACCUGCACAUGGGCAACUUUGGCAAGCCUGGAAAAUCGAAUGGCACACCUCAAAAACCACAAGCUCAGCACCGAAAUGGAAAUGUUUCGCGAUCAGCAAGCAAAAGGAACAGUCUGCAGGGCAAGACUGGCUUAGGUGCCUCCAGCAACUCAAUGAACGUCCUCAAUCAGGGUAGCGACUCGGAACCCGAGGAUAGCAAUCGAUUGCGUAGUGCCAGCAACGGACAGGGACGCAGUAAUGGACCCAUUGCUGCCAAUCGGCAAUACAGCAACAAGAUCAACAAUGUCAACAACAAUCGUCGAAAGACACCAAACUUUAGCAGUGCCACACCCAUGCAGGACGACUCCAGUUCCGAGGAGACGCCCAAUAGCACUGUGAACAACAAGCCAAUUGUGCCACCGAGGCCAAGAAAUUUGGCCUUCGAUCACAAGAGCAAGCUGAUGAUCAACAAUAUUGGCAGCCCCGGCGGAAAUGCCAGCAAACAGAGGAGUGGAGUGACCUCCACCGAGGAUUACGAGGGCACAGAUCCCGAAGCCCAAGUACACAAUGUGAUCAAUAAACUUUAUACAACAACCCAGGCAGCCAUGCAGCUACAUGCGAAUCUAAAGAAUUCGCUGCUGCUUAAGGAACUGGAGAACGCCCUGAUCAUGUCCAGGAACAUGCUCAGCAGUAUACCGAAUAGACAAGCGGAGAAGACAAACAAUGGAGCCAGCGGAAUGGGCGGUGGAAUGGGAGUGGGAGUGGGCGGUGGUGGGGGAUUGAACCACGAUCAGCUGAGCGCUGACAACGGAGACUAUCUGAUGAUGGUCAACAACUGUGCCGAUCUUUUGAGCAAUUUACGCACGAAGCACAAACCCGAUGACUGUGAGAAUAACUCCUAGUGUGUAGAGCUUAGGCUAGACUAAAUGACUAAAACUACAAACCGAUGGCAGCCGAUCUGCGGGGCGGAACUAACCCACACCUAUUUAUUUAACUGAAACAACACACAACCACACAGGCGAAUGGCAAAAACGGAUCAAGCAGCAAUCAAUAAUUUGUAAUUAAUAACCAAUCACAGUUGAUGUAAAUGUCUUUUUUUGUUAGUAACUUGAUACAGUUGCGUAGCCGCUAAGUUUUCUGUUUCGUUUUCUGUGCGCGUGAGCAUUUCUUUUAUCAAUAAUUUAUGUAUGGCGAGAAAAUGCGUUUAGCUUGAAUUAAAUUCUGUAAAUGUUAAGUUUAAUAAGCAGUCUUGUACGUGUUAAGUGUUAUUUGAGUUUAAGGCGUCGAUGAAACGGAGAAUGUCCAGAUUUUGGGUAUGAAGCGAAUUGUUACAAAGUGCGCUCAGUCUAUGCCUUCUUUCUGUAUGAUUUAUGUUCUUUAGUUUGUUUGAAUUCGGUUUGUGAAUCAGUCAAAAUGUUAAAGACAAAACUACAAGAAAUGUGUGUCAAAUUUGAAUAUAUUCCAAAUUUUCAAUUUAUACCAUUAUACUAUGUAUGCCUCUACUCACAUUAUACUUAUAUGCAUCUAGAAAUGCCACAAAUUAUGUGAAGAAACGAAGAUAUUUCAGACUUUUGAUCAGAGCGAAAAACAAAUCUAUUUCCAAACACAUUGUUCUGUAAUUAUUCUGUAUUAGUUAAUUAUUCGAUUGUAUUUACAACAAUUAUAACACUACCUAUAAUUAUACUUAUAUAUACCUAGAUAUGAACUUGAAUUAGUCCUAAAAUUUACAUUACAAUAAUUUACAACUAAACGAAAUGUAUUAAAAUUAACUUCAAAUAGGAAAAAACCAACACUUACGAUUAAUUAUGCUAUCUUAACUCAGAACUAAACUAAAAAAAACAAAACACUAAUUCAAAGCAAAAAUAAUACAUAAUGCAUAAUUUUUGAAAACAUUAAACAA